GACCAAGUCCAACCACGAUCGAAGUGGCCCUGUGGUGCUUGGCUUGGUUCCUCAUCUGCCCCCUUGUCUUUUUCUUUCAACAUGGCUCCGGCUGCUCAGUCAUCGAAACGGAAAGCACGACCGUCAGGCUCUUCCCCAGAACCAGCGUCCAAGAAGUCGAAGGCUACUGCGCGUAAAAGUACCGGUGGACAAGCUCCCAUUCGUGUACAAGGCCAAGGACCCUCACGAAAGCCUCAUAGAUUUCGUCCUGGAACAGUCGCGUUGCGGGAGAUACGAAAGUAUCAAAAGAGCACAGACCUCUUGAUUCGAAAGCUGCCGUUUUCUCGUCUGGUCCGGGAAAUUGCUCUUGAUAUGACUACGGACUUGAACGACAACUACGACACCGGUCAACUUCGAUGGCAGACUACUGCUUUACUGGCUCUUCAAGAAGCCACGGAGGCUUUUUUGGUCCAUUUAUUUGAAGAUGCUAAUUUAUGUGCACUUCAUGCGAAACGGGUCACCAUCAUGCAGAGAGACAUUCAACUGGCACGUCGGAUACGUGGUCCGUGGGGUGGCAUGGCCUAGGUGUAAAGUGGACAGAUAUCCUUGUAUUAGCCUUGUAAAACGCGACUAUCUACCU